AUGAACCAAACUGGGGUCAGGUUACCCUCCAUUAGCGCCCUGCUGCAGGCGUAUCCUGUCACGUGCACAUCGCUGUACACGGAGACGCAUAACUCAUCUUCAACUUCAACUUCAUCGCCGCCGCUGCCAUCGCUGCUGAAGCACGUGGUCGACGCAACUCCAGAAACUCUCCCACUCAAAAAUGGGUCUGGUGGUGAAGGCAACAAUCUCGGCACACUUGCCACCAUGGGGCUACCCACGCCGCGGGCAUCUGCGGCCGAUCUCACGGUCCACCACACCCAUCACAACAACUACCACCACCAUCUCCACAGCAGCCAGCAGCAGCAGCAGCAACAACAACAACAACAACCACUACAUCACUCUCAGCUGUCGCCGGCGCCCUCACGGUCGUCGUCCACGUCGCUGAUGGAAGUGCCCUAUUUGACGCCGCCAAUGUCCAGCAGCACAGCUCCAGCAGCCGCUGCUGCAGCGGUCGAAGGACCUCUCAAAUGCGUGUGUCGCAACAACACGGAGACCGGCCACCAUAUUCCCCGGCCUCGCAACGCUUUUAUCUUGUUCCGCCAGCACAUGCACCAACAACUGUUUUCCAAACACUCGUCGUCGCGCCACGCGGCCCACACCCCGCCAGCCACCACUCCAGGAACGCCUGAGAGCAACGGUGCAGCAGCAGCAGCAGCAGCAGCAGCGUCGUCGUCGUCUGUAUCGCCCGAGGUAUCUUUCAAGACCAACUCACAGAUUUCGCGCGAAAUCGGACGUCGUUGGCGUGAACUGGGCGACCCAGAGCGCAGCUACUGGCAGAAUCUCGCGCUACAGGAAAAGGAAGCACACCGUCUAAGGUAUCCGGGCUACAAGUAUAUACCGCGCAAGAGUCGUGCGGGCAAGAGACAACGCAAGGACGGCUGCGAGUUUUGCAAGCUACGCACCGAUAUGGACCUCCAUUGA